AUGGCCCCGGCCUACCGACGCGUCUUCUUCCGCGUCGCCUACGGGUGCGCCUACUUCUUGCUCUACCUCGUCCUCGUCGGCCUGCUCCUCAUCACCCCCGGCGAUGCCAUCGAGCGCUCGCUGCAAAACGGCCAAAACUACAACGUGCUCAUCAUCACGAUAUCCUACGUCGUCACCAUCGUCGUCGUCGUCUUCGUCUACGUCGUGCGCCUCUACAUCAACAAGACGGCCCUGGCCGCCAUCCCCAAGGCCUGGGUGCCCAUCGAGAAGGGCGACGUCAAGGAUGCCGUCUACGCCAUGGUCGGCGCGGGCCUCGACCGGAGCGCCGCCAUCGCCCACGAGGCCCGCCCGCGCGUCGAGACGGAGGCGCGCCGGCCCGGCACGGAGUCGAGGACGGCCGUCGACAAGCUCGGCGUCGCCCUGCCGGCCCGCGACGCCGUCUGGGGCGACGUCGAGCACCACGGGUGGGCGUCGCCCAACUCGACGGACCUCCCGAACCUGCAGUACGCCGCCGUCCUGUCGGAGCUGCCCUACCUCAUCGAGGCCAAGGCGCUGGCCGUGGCGCCGGCCCGCGAGCCGUCGGCGUCGGGCCCCCCCUCGGCCCUCGGCCUCGACGCCGACCGCCUCCGGCUGCUGCAGCGCCAGCCCGGCAUGAGCCUGCGGGCCUACGUGGACCACCUCGCCGGCCUCGGCGUCGCCGUCGUCGGCCGGUCGACGGUCCGCUUUCUCGGCCACUACGAGCACGCCCGCUUCUCCGACCGGCCGAUAUCCAACGCCCGCUUUCGCGAGAUUAUGAACCUCUUCGCCGACGUGCUGCGCGACAUGCGGCCGCCGCGAGGGCCCGACGACGACGUGUCGGCCCCGUCCGAGAGCGACAUCGACAACGACGCGCCGAGGGACACCAACCCGUCCUCGCCCCGGAGCAUCCUCUCCUGCGCCGGAAGCACGAGCCCGCGCCCGUCGGUCGGCCGGCAGAGGCGAAUCCUGUCGGCGCCGGCCAAGGCCUUCGACGCGACGUCGGCCGGCAGCAGCUCCGUCGCCCCGUCUCGGUCCCCCGACGUCGCGCGCGAGCCCUCCUGCGCGAGCCUGCGCUCCAAGUUUUCGAGCAGCGACUCGGGCUCCGUCAUCCGCCUGGCCACGCGGGAGGACCCGGAGGCGCUGCCGUACGUGCUGAACCUGAGGACGACGGCCGGCAGCAGGUGA